UGAGUCAUACUCCUUUGUGAUGACCAACUUUGAUGGCUCACGCGUCUAUGGCUAUUGCAGGAGACUACAGCCUUUGGACUCCAGCCUGCCUGAAGUCAUAAGUAUUAUCAGCCCUAUUGAUGCAUUCAACAUGUACAUGACGCUGCUCAAUGAAAUUGAAGCUCGACGACGCAUCUCAUUUGAUCAGGCCACUGAGUUAAUCGCCGCUUCAUUUGGCCGACCACUGCCCAAACCUGGCAAAGUGUGCCAUAUCAGGACGCUGGAUAUCAGCGGUGACAUGGAGACCAUAUUUCUGAACCGUUCCGCAGACAACAGACUGGAAAAUGUGAACUAUGAAAGUCCUCUCUACUACCUGGGAACUGAUAGACUGGUCAAGGUUUUCUCAUCCAUGCUGAUGGAGAGAAGGAUAAUACUGUGUUCCAGCAACCUGAGUGUACUCACCCAAACAGUCCAUGCCUUGUCUGCACUGCUGUACCCCUUCCAGUGGCAACAUGUGUACAUACCCCUGCUGCCCCAUGAGAUGUUGGAUGUGCUGUGUGCUCCAGUGCCUUUCAUCGUGGGUGUGCUGUCAGUAUUUCUGCCGGAAGUGCUGAAGCUGGAUCUCGAGGUGGUGUUCAUUGUUGAUCUGGACAAGAAAAACAUAGUGAAAAGUCAGGGAGAUGAGUCCACCAUUUUACCAAAGAGAAUUCAGAAAGCUCUUAAGACAGCCGUUAACAUGUGUAAAAUUGACGCCGAGGCUCGGAAUGUCCAGUGGCUGAUGGUUGCCGAGGCAUUUUUACGAAUGUUUAUUGAGACUGUUGGUCAUUUCAGCAACCAUAUACGCACACAGCAGGACGGCAACAGAAUCUUCCAGAAAGAUGGUUUCAUCCUUGAGGUUAUCUCCAAGGAGGUGAGAGAGUUCUUGUCCUGGUUCACGGAGACCCAGAUGUUUGAAGUGUUUAUUACCAACCAUGUGGAGAAAUUGGACUUUGGAACCAGUG